AUGCGCUUUGUGUCAGAGGCUAGACGCCAGUCUGCUUUGUUUGGACUGAUGGCACCAUCGAUGCAACGACUUUCGGAGAGUCAGCUGCGAAUAGCAACAGAUUCAGAGGGAUAUUUACAGCAUUUUCCGGUUAUUAGCCGUUGUUAGCUCGUUUUAAAUUCCCAGUCAGCGCUUGUGUCGCCUUGUGUACGCGUCAGAAAACAGAAGUGAGGAGUCCCAUCCCCUGUAAAUAAACAAAACGCAGCGAGCAGCUUUUUAAGGUGGCACGAGACAGCUGCAACAACAAGACUCAGCCGAUCCUCCUUUGUUAAGUUAGCUAACUUUUUAGCAGGUUUGUUAGCGAUGGACAUCACCAUACAGCUUUGUUAGGAGUUAAACUCCAAAACGUGUGCGUGUGAACAUGAGAGAAGAGUACAGUUUGUUGACAGGAAGGCAGCCCAUGGCAAGUAAAAGAGGGGGUGGACGUCCCUGCUGCUGUCCCUACUUGACAGAGGAGAAAGGAGCACUUGCUGUCCAGAAGAGUGACCUGAGGCCUCCUGGUCAUUUGUCCGCCUAGAAAAUCUGACUUUGGCACGAUAUGGAGACGGUGGGGAAAUUUGAGUUCAGUCGGAAGGACCUGAUAGGACAUGGCGCAUUUGCUGUCGUCUUCAAAGGCAGACACCGAGAGAAACAUGACUGGGAGGUGGCAGUGAAGUGCAUCAACAAGAAGAACUUGGCCAAGUCCCAGACACUGUUGGGGAAAGAGAUCAAAAUACUCAAGGAACUGAAACAUGAGAACAUCGUUGCAUUACUGGACUUUCAGGAAACUGCCAGCUCAGUGUACCUGGUAAUGGAGUACUGCAAUGGCGGCGACCUUGCUGACUACUUACACUCCAAAGGCACCCUGAGUGAGGACACUAUUCGGGUUUUCCUGCAGCAGAUUGCAGGAGCCAUGAGGGUCCUACAGGGCAAAGGCAUAAUCCACAGGGACCUCAAGCCCCAGAACAUUCUGCUCUCCUACCCACCAGGACGCAAGUCACACUCUAACAACACCUGCAUCAAGAUUGCGGACUUUGGCUUUGCCAGGUACCUUCAGAACAACAUGAUGGCAGCAACACUCUGCGGGUCCCCUAUGUACAUGGCUCCUGAGGUCAUUAUGUCCCAAAGCUAUGAUGCCAAGGCUGACUUGUGGAGUAUAGGAACCAUAGUGUUUCAGUGCCUGACUGGGAAGGCUCCUUUUCAGGCUAGUAGUCCCCAGGAACUCCGGCUCUUCUAUGAAAAACACAAGACCCUCAGCCCAAACAUCCCCAGAGAGACGUCAAGCCAUCUGAGGCACCUGUUGCGGGGUCUGCUGCAGCGCAACCACAAGGACCGCAUGGACUUUGAAGAGUUUUUUUGUCAUCCUUUCCUGGAGGCUAGCUCAUCCAUGAAAAAGACAACUCCUACUGUGUCCAUGACCUGCUUCCCAAGCUCUGCAUCAGCCAGCUCUUGUAGCAGCUCUUCCACCUCUCACCUCGCCUCACCACCGCAGUCUCUUGCUGAGGUCCAGCAUUUGCGUGCCAAAGCUCUGGCCUCCCCUACCCAGGAGGCCACUGGUUUUCUCCUCAAGGACUCGUCUGGAGGGGGCGGCAGCAGCAAGAACUCCUCCUCCUGUGACACAGAUGACUUUGUCAUGGUGCCUGCUCAAUUCACCACAGGUGAGCUGACAUGUGAGGGUAAAGUGCUGCAGGACAGCCUGAUGAACAGCGGCUCUCUUCUGGCUUCUGCUGGUCUGUGUGGCCAAGCCAAAAGUCCUCCACACUCACCUUCCUGCAGUGGGUCUCCAAGUCCUGUCAGACCCAGUGAGUUCUUGGGAAGUAACUAUAUUGGUAGUGAUGGAAACCAUGGUCAGUCAUUACCUAUCCCAGUCCCCACCCAGGUCCAGAACUUCCAGCGCAUGGAGCAGAACCUCCAUUCUACCAAACAGGAUUGCUCACCACGGAUGUCAACACCAGUACGUCGUUGCAGCAGUGGAAGCUUGCUGGGUUUUGCUCGAACCGGGCCUUCACCACCAUAUGGGCAAGGAGCAGUCACCACCAAUCGCAGAUUUUCUCUGGGAGGUGCCAGACCUUUCCAGCUAUCCCCUCAAGCUCUUCAGCACAUUGAACCCCGGCCGACUUCUCAGCAACACCCACAGACGACAGGACUGGGCACACGGCUCCACAGUGCUCCCUGUUUGUUGGAAUGUGCCAGUGGCGGUGUCCGGCAAAAGAUCAGGAAGCAGCACUCAGACCCGAUGGUGGCACCCUCAACAGGUCUGAAGACUGUCCGCCCUCUACACUCGUCCCCCAGACUCAGUGAGCUGAUGCAGCGUAGCCCCCUCCCCACCAUCCUGGGCUCCCCUUCCAGGGCUAUCCCUCCUUUUGAAUUCCCCAAGCCUCCAAGCUCUACGAACCUCGUGACCUUCCUGACACAACAGGGUUUGAUCAUAGGCUCUCCGUGCAGCAGGACUGUCCCAGCAGAGCCCAGAAACGCAGGGCAACAAGCGCUUGCACAGGUCCCCCAGCCUGCCCACUGCAUCCACAGACUGAAUGAUGAUACCAAAGGCUUUGGAAGGUCUCAGAGUGCAGGUCGUCUGUCUGACAUGCUGCUGAUGGCUGCAUUUGGACCAGGUGGACCUGUGGGUGACCGAGGCAGCACAGAGAACCUAACCUCUGAAAAAGCCAUAGACAUAACAGUGCCCCCCGGUGGUGGGGGAGUCCUUGCACCCGGCUCCAUCAGCCCAGCACAGGUGGUUUUCACUGUGGGCUCUCCUCCCAGUGGCAACACCCCACCUCAUGCAUCCAGACAGAGGAAAUAUUCAGGCUCCUUCACUUCAAUCAGCCCCGCUGGCUCCUUUACAAGCCGCUACCCCCAGACAGGAACCUAUCUGGAUGGCUUUGAGGCUCCUUCCAGUCCUCGCUACAGUUUCACAGAUCCUAUCACAGCCAACAUGGGCGGUCAUGUAACUUUCGAAGCUCCUGAGCUGCCCGAGGAAACGCUGAUGGAGCAGGAGCAUACAGACACCGUGCAAAGCCUGCGUUUCACUUUGGAUUUCACCCGCUGUCUGAUGGAGGUGGCUGGAGCCCGUGGCGUCGCGGUGUGGGGGGAGCAGGGCCAAAUUUCUCAUCCCUCUCUCCUUCAGCAGCAGAGCCUGGUAGCAGAUCAGAUAAGCUCACUGAGCCGAGAGUGGAGUCAUGCAGAACAGCUGGUUCUCUUCCUGAAGACUGCAGAACUCUUAUCCACUGCCUUACACACAGCCAUGGAGCGAGUUAAACAGGGCAAACUCUACCCAUCGUCUACAGUCAAACAAAUAGUGAGGAGGCUGAAUGAGCUGUACAAGUCCAGUGUGGCGUCCUGUCGCUCACUCAGCACCCGUCUGGAGCGCUUCUUUUCCAGGAAACACCGUCUAAUGGACCAAAUCACCUCCAUCACAGCUGAGCGCCUGCUUUUCAGCCACACUGUGCAGAUGGUUCAGACUGCUGCGCUGGACGAGAUGUUCCACCAGGGGGAAGCAUCAGUCUUGCGCUACCAUAAAGCUCUCCUGCUGAUGGAAGGCCUGUCUCUGCUGCUAACUGAACAGGACGACAUCCUCAGUGUUAGCAAAUGUAAGGAAUGCAUUGAACGGCGCCUCACAGCUUUGCAGUCAGGACUCUGUGUUUGAGAGCCCUGCACUGCCUCUUGGACUGUGCAUAUGAUGACAUUUGCACCCUGCACAUCGCCAAUGAACCAAACCUCAUUGUCUUCACUUAGGAAUGCUUUCGUUUUCACAAGAAAACCACAAGGCUUUAGUUUUCACAGAACCUAAAGGGUUUGUGCUUUUUAAAUGGCUUGCCAUUCAUCUCAAGUUCGGGAGAAUGUCUGCUCUAGAAACUAUGUGAGAGUACAUGGCUUCUGGCACCGAUAAUCGGAUGUGUUGCCAGGAAGAAGAACCCCUUUACUAGGAGCAACACCUGCAGGAGCAAAUUUUGCUAAGUAUUCACAUACCCACAUACAUACAUGACUUAUCUAUACAUAAACAGAUAGCGUUUUUAUGAUGGACAAAUAUUCGUGCUACGAAUUUGCAGUAGACUUUAUAGACAAAAUGUUAUCUUUUACCAAGAUCAGUAGCUGGAUGGAAAGCACAGUAUCUGCUGUACACCUACAAAUACAGUAAGGAUAUGUUCUGAGGAAGAUAGGGAACGGCCAAGUAUCAUUCUCAUCAAAUGUAUGUUUGUGGUAUACUCCUUGUUUGCUUUCCUGUGUUUAUUUUUCUGGUAUUUAUCUAAUUGUUACUUGCUCUGCUGAAGAAAAAUUUCAGUAGCAAUGCUACAGUGGGUGGCUAGAAGCGCAUACAAGCACUAUUACAAAACUGUUGCCAAAAUGACUUAUUUUAAACUCACUGCAGGUAACUAUGCUGGUUUGGAGAAGAAGAAAAAAUGUCGGAUGUUUAAUCAUUGAAACAAUAAUGUAAUAGGAAUUUAUUUAUUUUUUUAAUGGCAGCACCAACAGACAGAAAAUGGGUCCAGGAAACAGUCAUUACCCCACUUCUACAUAACAAAUAUAGCAUUUAAUUCAAGAGGGACUGAAACUGGCCUGUUAACAUCCUUGAUCCCAAUCAUGUUAUAGAUGCUGCAAUAACCUGGCAUGUAUUCUUCAGCUUAUGUACUGAUGUUGCUUGUUAUUUCUUCACCAAUUCCAUAUUCUGUCUGAUUAUAUGUCAUCAGUAAAUCACGUAGGAGUUUAGCAAGUUUAAUCAAAUUUGAGGGCUGACGGGAGGGAAACAGCGCUAAUGUUAGCCAAAUGUUAAUCAAGUUUAGGGUCCUCCCAGGGUUAACGUCUGAUUGUUUUUGCACUGUUGAAGUACUGUAUAGAACGAUCAUGGGUGGAACAUGCUGAACAUGUCCAGUUUUUGUAGAUACCAAGAAAGAUAAGCUUACUUAGAGAUUUGUAUUCCAUGCUUUUAUUGCAGUUUAAGUUCUACUACAGUUGCUGUCCAAAUAUGUGUGUUAGAUGUGAGAAUGCUGACAAAGAGAUGGUAUAAGCUAGGAAACCUUAGAAAGAAAAAUUUGCUUUACACUGAAAUAUAAUUUGCAUUGGUUGUGUUCUGUUUCAGAGUAGUCAACGGGUGGCGAUUGUGUUUGAAUUUGAAAAGUGACCGGUUGAUUUGGAGUGCUAGUGUGUUUUGCCUGAAAAGUUUGUGUAUUGUCAAUAUUGAUCUUAAACAUGUGUCCUAACAGGAUACUUAUACUCUCCUAAAUUGGUCUGGAAUAAGGUCAAUGGGAAGGGUCAACGUCUGUUCUGGUUGCUGUCAAAGAGAAAUGUGUGUGCAUGCAUGGGUGAAGUGAUGGUGAUUGAUCUUUUAAUGGAUAGUGGAUUUGUUCGGUUCAGAACUAAUGAUUUUCACUCCAGGUGUGGAUGUAGUUCAACAACAUCCGCUGAAAAGCAAGGGUUCCUCUGGUGUAACCCACUGCCAGGACCCAGUACAACUUUCUUUUUUCCUGAGGUGUAUUUUCCUCUGCCUUUUUAUUUUAAGUUAUUAAAGAUGGUUUAGAAUAGGGUGUGGAUGUAUGGUCAGUGCUGAAAAUAGUUUACACUGAGAACUUUGAAGGCUACAGUAGCACUGUCAGCACAACAGAAUGGCUUUGUCUCAGUGAAGAUUUCCCUAAAUAUACAUAAUGUGUAUUUGCUUUGUGGCCUUUUGUCCAUUGUCAGAUAACUUUUUAUUUUUUCCAUAGGUAUCUCUACCUAGAGCAUUCUGUAUGUGUAAUGUAAUGUUUGUUUGUACAUUCCUUAUAUCAACUCAUCCACAGCCUCUCUGUCUGUUACACAUGCUGUUGCUGAUACAUGCUGAUACAGAUAGCAGAAAGCGAUGACAUCUUACUUUUAAAAAACUGAUGCAUGUGUCACUUUUAAUUGUCCUUUACAAUCAUUGCUAUUGGCCAUCCUUUUAAUGAGUAUUCUGGGGUAGGAGUCAUAAAAUAAUGUGUGUAGCAGUUGAAGUAAUUAAAGAGUACAGCAGGAUGGUGUAGGAAGUGUGGAGACGGUGCCCUUUGACAAGCUGGUAUCUACUCUGCUGAAGUGUCCUUGAGCACAGCUUUAAUGCAACUGUUCUGAUCCCAUAAAGAUCAAAUGAAGUAUGUGUUCACUCACAUAAUAGAUCUGUCGUUGAUUUGGAUUAUUCUUUUUGUUUGCUAAGAACAUACCCGAAUGUUUUCAUUUUGUGUUUUGACUUUACAAAUUCUGUAUUACCUGUAAAUAUUGUAAAUUAAGUUAUUGUUGUUAUUGUACAUAUUACGCUGCAGGCAUGGAGAAAACAGUACCAUACCACCUAUACAUUUCCAAAGAAUAAGCUUCUAUUGCUGAUCUUCCAUUUUGUCUCUCACUGUUGAAAAGCAUUUUAAUGUUGUCAUAUCUAUGACCGAUACACUAUCUCAGUGUCCCUGUGUGUGAUGUAACCUUUACUGUUUGAGUUGCAACAUGAAUAAAGUGAAAGGAAAGG